CCUACGUAUCGACACAUCCGACAGGUGGACAGCAAGUCUGUUAUUAAGUCAUUUGAGACAUUUACAGCUAAAUAUGAUUAAAGCUAUUUUAAUAUUUAACAACCAUGGGAAACCACGACUCAUCAGAUUUUAUGAAUAUUUUGCUGAAGAUGUGCAGCAGCAGAUCAUUCGAGAGACUUUCCAUCUGGUGUCGAAGAGGGACGACAACGUCUGCAACUUCUUGGAGGGGGGAAGUUUGAUCGGUGGCUCGGACUACAAGUUGAUCUACCGGCACUACGCAACACUGUACUUUGUGUUCUGUGUGGACUCCUCUGAGAGUGAGCUUGGUAUUCUGGAUCUAAUACAGGUGUUCGUGGAAACUCUGGACAAAUGCUUUGAGAACGUCUGUGAACUGGACCUCAUUUUCCACAUGGAUAAGGUCCACUUCAUCCUUCAGGAGGUGGUGAUGGGGGGGAUGGUGCUGGAAACCAACAUGAAUGAGAUCGUUGGCCAGGUGGAGCUGCAGAACCGCAUGGAGAAAUCAGAGGGGGGCUUCUCUGCAGCGCCGGCGCGGGCUGUCUCCGCCGUCAAGAACAUCAACCUCCCAGAAAUGCCUCGCAACAUCAACAUCGGAGACAUCAAUAUCAAAGUGCCCAGCCUCUCUCCCUUCUGACCAGGGAGCGGAGCAGGGCCUAGGCCCAAACGGCACCCUAUUCCCCGUAUAGUGCACUACUUUAGACCAGAGCCCUAUUGCACCCUAUAUAGUGCACUACUUUAGACCAGAGCCCUAU